UAUUAUCCAUCUCUUUGUGAAACGGCCCCACUGCACGGCAUUCCUCAAAAAAACACGACGUCAACUUGGAAAUUAAUAUUUAGCUGUACAAAAUGUCGCACCUCGUAAAAAUGGAGAACGGCCAGAGCCAGACCAUCCAGGAGAUGCUGGGCUGCAUCGAACGGUACAACCCGGAUCAUCUCAAGACGCUGGAGGCAUAUGUCCAGGACCAGGCCAAGAACAACACCUACGAUCUGGAAGCCAACCUGGCCGUGCUGAAGCUCUACCAGUUCAACCCGCACAUGCUCAACUUCGACAUCACCUACACCAUCCUGCUGAAGUGUCUGACCAACCUGCCGCACACGGAUUUCGUGAUGGCCAAGUGCCUGCUGCUGCCCCAGCAGAUGAAGGACGAAAACGUGCAGACCAUCAUUGACUUGGCCGAUAUUUUGGAGCGGGCCGAUUUCACUUUGUUCUGGCAGCGCGCGGAGGUCAACCGCAACAUGUUCCGCCACAUCACCGGCUUCCAUGACUCAAUCCGCAAAUUCGUGUCGCAUGUGGUCGGCACCACCUUCCAAACGAUCCGCAAGGACCUGCUAAAGGAGCUGCUCGGCGGCAUCGAGGACUCGACGCUGGAAAGCUGGAUCAAGCGUAACGGCUGGAAGCACCAGGGACAGGGUUUGGUCGUUGUGGCCACACAGGACGACAAGAUCAAGACCAAGAACAUUACGGAGAAGAUCGAGUUCGAAAACGUGGGCGCCCUGAUGGCCCAGUGUCUGUAAAGAGUUUAACCUUAGUCCUGUCUAAAUUUCUACGAAUAGUAAUUAACGGAAACACAAAAUAAAGCCCGGUCUUUACAGCUAA